AUGAGUUCAGCACCAUACGAGGAGAAAUGCCAAGAUGCAACCGACCUAUUAAACAACUCCAAAGACGCAGCAUCGUCAUCCUCGAAAGAAGCGCAAGGUGUGCCGGCACAAACGAUUCAAAACGACAGCACGACAAACCUGCAUCAAAUAGAAAGCAAGCCACCCCCGAAAUAUCCCGACGUGGUGCAAAUUGAAGAAAUGCAAGCAUUAUCUGAAAUUGGCCGCGAUUGGCCCGACGAUAUCGAAUCUGAAAGUUUGAGCCAUUUAAAUGAACAUAGAGAUCGACACGGCAACAUUGUUAAAGAUCAUCAGGAUGAGCAACAGUACGUCAGUGAGGAAGAGAAGAGUGAGCGAGAUAAGUUGAGCAAGAUUAAGGAAGAUGAGGAUCGAGCUAUGGUGAAGAGGAAAAAGGAUGAGAUUAUGGCUAAAGAACGUAAAAACCAGAGAAGGUGA